AUGGCUAUAGUGUUGUCUUACGAGGACCUGCGAAAGCAGGCAAGACAACUGGAAAACGAAAUAGAUUUAAAACUAGUCGCGUUUAGCAAGCUGGGAGCUGGAAUAAAGACGCCUAAUGCUAGUCACCCAGAUACUAUACCAUUGCUAUCCGGCGAUGACACUUUCGAAGCCAUGUCUAUAGAAAUAGAAGAGUUACUAACUAAAUUAUCAAAUAUUAAUGAACGAUUGUCUGAACAACCAGUUACUGGCGCAGCUAUGAUGCAUACAUUGCAGAGACACAAAGACAUUUUGGCAGAUUUGUCUAGGGACUAUAGAAAGACCAACUCUCUAAGAGAGUCACAAAGGCAAAGAGAGGACUUGCUUAGAGGGUCUGAGAGUUUUAGAGCUGACGGUGUCAAUAAUAGGCGCGAUAUAUAUUUGAAAGAGAAUCAGCAUGUCCACAAUUCUGAUCGAUUAGUAAAUGAACAAAUAUCAAUAGCAAUGGAAACCAGAGAACAUUUGACAACCCAAAGACAAACCUUUAAGCGUCUCCAGACGAGAUUCAAUGAUAUUUCAAACAGAUAUCCAGUUAUUAACAGUCUAAUACAAAGAAUUAAUAUUAGAAAAAGACGAGAUUCUAUUAUUUUGGGUUUAGUAGUAUCUUUUUGUACAAUUAUAAUGUUAAUUUACGCUUUCAGUUAA